AUGACAAAAUUGUUCAUGAUCUCACUACUAUGGACUGGUGCAGUGUCUUUAACUCUUAUUGAAAUUGAUGAUGUUUACUUCCGGUCAUUGCCAUCUUUCAAGACAUCAUCGAUGGCCAUGUACCCCUCGAGCUCGAGAGACACUCCUCCAGAGUCCGUUGUUCGAAAAGUAUCAAAAGAACCAAAAUUUUAUAUGAAGCGCUUCCUAGCUUACAAGGUUAAGAAAAUGGCUGCACGUAAUCAUAUGAUAAGGCUUUAUGAAAACAUAAAUAAGGUCCUUGAGGACUCGGAAGGCAUCAAGUAUACCACAGAUAGUGCCAAGGCAGAGGCGUUAGCGGAUUACUUUGCAAGUGUAUUUGAAAAGUCACCUUUAUUUCCCACUCUGCCAAGUCUCUCUUCAACCCACAUUGAACUACCAACUGUAUCGUAUCGAAAGGUGCUCAGAUCUCUCAGCGCGGUGAAGCCGUCGUUGUCGCCAACAGCGAACGGGUAUUUUGCAGUCCCUGUUACCCAUGUUCGCAAUAUAUCCUUGAUUCUGGGUCAAGUUCCUAAAAUUUGGAAAACUCUUAUGUCACACCCAUACCUAAAACAGGCAAUGCACGCCUUAUUUCCAGCCAGGCCAAUAAGUAUCUUACCAGCUCCGCUGAAAGUUAUUGAAAGGCUUGUCAAGGACGAACUGUUGAAGUGGGUCACCAAGCUGCACCUCGUCCCUGUGGAGCAGCAUGGCUUCAUCCCCGGAGCAUCUACUUACACUCAGUUACUUGUGUUCACACACCUGGAUUGA